AUGAAAUUUUCACUCUCUUUGAAAUAUAAUUCUGUUCCUGAAUGGCAGGACAAAUAUAUCAACUAUUCAAAUUUGAAGAAAUUGGUAUAUGGUUUACAAGCUCAACAAUUAAACAACAGUGAUGGUUCAAAUAAAAAUUCGGGUACCACUGGAUCAAGUGAUCAAUUAGAUGAAUCACCUACAAAUGUUGAAGGAUCUACAUCAACUUCAAAUGGUAAAUUAGAUUCAAGUAAGAAAUUUUUCAAAAAUGCAUUUAAUUUUAAUAAUAAUAAAUCUGAAAAAAAAAGAAGAGAUUCUUUUAGUUCUGAUACUUUUGAAUUAGAUGAUUUAGAAAGUUCAAUUGGUACUUCAAUUAAAGAUGUUAAAAAUUUUGAUCCUGUUAAAAUUUUCUUGGAUAAAUUACAAAUUGAAUUAUUAAAAAUUGAUGAUUUUUAUAAAUUAAAAGAAGCUGAAUUCAAUAAAGAAUAUCAUAAUUUAAUUAAUGAUUUAGAACAUAAUAAAAUCCAUAUCUCUACAAAUCAUAAUAAUCAUACUUUUAGUGAUGAUAGAUCAAUACUAUCUCAUAAAUCAUCAAUAAAUCAAGCUGUUAUUAAUGCUGCUAAUUCUUUUAAUCUUGAAAUUGAUCAAGAUUCAAAAGAUCCAAAACAUCAAGUUGAAACAAGUUCCAAAUCUAUAACUAAAGCUCCAUUAGAUGAUGAUGAUGAAGAUGAAGAUGAAGGUUCUGGUUCAGAAAAUAGUGCAUUAUUAAGUGAUGAAGAUUUUAAUUUAAAAUCACAAAAAUCAAUCACUUUAAAGAAAAGAACAACACAAUUAUAUAUUGAUUUAACUCAAUUAAAAUCAUUUGUUGAAUUAAAUAAAAUGGGGUUCAACAAGAUUACCAAAAAAUUUGAUAAAUCUUUAAAUACAAAUUUAAAACCAUCAAUGUUUGAUACUAAUGAAUUUUUCACAAAUACUUAUACAUUCACUUAUAAUACAUUACAAAAUUUAGAUAAUAAGAUCAAUACAUUAAUCGAAGUUUAUGCUUCAUUAACUCAUAGAUUAAAUAACAUUGAAGCUGUUAAACAAGAAUUAAAAUCUUAUCUAAGAGAACAUAUUGUUUGGGAAAGAAAUACAGUAUGGAAAGAUAUGAUUGGUAUUGAAUCCAAAACUAAUGGUCUAAAGGGAACAGCAACUGAUGCAACAACAACAGGUAAUGAUGAAUUAUAUAAAUUAGAUUAUUAUUCAUGGCCAUUACCAUGCGGUCCUAUAAAUUUAAAAUUUACUACAUGGGAAAAUUUUAAAAUACCAAAAUUUUUAAAUACUUCAAGAACUUAUAAAUUAGCAAUUAUUAUCGCAGUUACUGGUGUGUUAUUAGGUGUUAAGACUUUUAAUGAUGGUGCUCAACAUCGUUGUAUGGCUUUAUUAGCUUGUGUUGCGUUAUUAUGGGCUACUGAAGCUAUUCCAUUAUUCGUUACUGCUAUCUUGUGUCCAUUAUUAUGUGUCUUAUUUAGAGUUAUUAAAGAUGAAGAUACUAAAGAAAUUAUGCAUGCUGCUACAGCUUCUAAAUAUAUUUUAAGUCAAAUGUGGUCUUCUACAAUUAUGGUGCUAUUAGGUGGGUUUACAUUAGCUGCUGCUUUAUCAAAAUAUAAUAUUGCAAAAGUUUUAGCUUCUUAUAUAUUGGCAUUUUCAGGUACAAAACCAAGAAACAUCUUGUUAUCCAUAAUGGGUGUUGCAUUAUUUUUAUCAAUGUGGAUUUCUAAUGUUGCUACACCAGUUUUAUGUUAUUCUUUAAUUCAAGGUGUCUUGAGAACAUUACCUGUUGAUAACCCUUUUGCAAAAGCUUUAAUCUUGGGUGUUGCUUUAGCUUCAAAUAUUGCAGGGAUGGCAUCACCAAUUUCUUCACCACAAAAUAUUGUUGCAAUGACUUAUUUAUCAAGUUAUGGUAUUGGUUGGGGUCAAUGGUUAGGUGUUGCAUUACCAGUUUCUAUAAUUUCAAUGAUUUUAACUUGGGUUUUAUUAAUUUUUACAUUUGAUAUUUCUAAAACAAAAGUUAUGAAAUAUAAACCAAUUAAAGAACAAUUCACUAUAAAACAAUGGUUUAUUAUCUUAGUUACAAUUGGUACUAUCUUGUUAUGGUGUGUUUUAACUAAAUUAGAAUCAACUUUCGGGGAAUCUGGUGAAGUUGCCAUUAUUCCAAUUGUUUUAUUCUUUGGUACAGGUUUAUUAUCAACUGCUGAUAUUAAUAAUUUCCCAUGGAGUAUUGUUAUCUUAGCUAUGGGUUCAUUAGCUUUAGGUAAAGCAGUUUCAUCAUCAGGUUUAUUAGCAACAAUUGCUACUGCAUUACAAAAAAAAGUUAUGAAUUUUGAUUUAUAUGUUAUCUUGAUAAUUUUUGGUAUUUUAAUUUUAGUAAUUGCAACAUUUGUUUCUCAUACAGUUUCUGCAAUUAUUAUUAUUCCAUUAGUUCAACAAAUUGGUGAUCAAUUACCUGGUGAUAAUGCAGCUGUUGUUUUAAUCUUUGGUAUUGCAUUAUUAGCAUCAAGUGGUAUGGGUCUUGCAUCAUCAGGGUUCCCUAAUGUUACUGCUAUUUCUAUGACUGAUGAAUUGGGUAAUAGAUAUUUAAAUGUGAAUACUUUUAUUACAAGAGGUGUUCCAGCAAGUUUGAUUGCUUAUUUAUGUGUUAUUACUAUUGGGUAUGGUAUUAUGAAAUCAAUUGCCUAG